AAACCAUACAUGCAUCGUAACUACUCAACGUACUCAACAACUCAUGACGUUCAUUCCAAGAACAUACGGGCUCCUUGCACUGUCAUAGCUACACCUCUGCGUAAAUCCAGCACUGAGUGAUUCAGCGUCAGAUACGAGUCAUUGGAUGUCGAAACAGCUACUCCGUCCGCGAUUUACCCCAGAACCUUGGAAUGGAGAUGAUCAGUCUUCUCCACGUCCCCUCGUCUCCUCAACGGAUGACGAAGUGAGCGCAUGGGCACGCCUUUGGUCUGUUUAUCCUCUAUGUUACGUUUCCAGUCUCAGUCCUCGGUCGAUAGAGAAGAAUAAAGAGCCUACUCCGUGGAUACCCCUCAUAAGAUGCUCUGCAGAUUUUCCUAUGGAGCUUUUUGAAAUCGCUAUUUCUCAGUUGAUCCAUCAUCCCGAGUAUAACUCGACGCUCAUUCUUCGCUCUGAAGUGGUUUCGGAUAGCGAAUCAAAAUAUCCUCCCUCCGUGCCAAGGCUGCAUGGGUUGCGUUCAACGCGCACCAUUCACAGAAAACUACUUCCACGUAGACCUGGACGUGAUUCCGGACUCGAGCAACACUGUACAUUGUAUGCGGCCCUAAAGAGACGAGGCAAACCCGAACCUGUCCCUUCUGUUCUAGUUUUGACUCCAAUCGUUGAAACCGGCUCAGAACUGCCUUAUUACCAUCCAAAGGUCUCCCACUUGGCCUUUCGGUACAUUCCUACAGAUGUCGAAGCUUCUAAUGGCAUACUUCAAGUGGAAGUUGUACCUCUGACUGACACACCAACGGAUGUCAACUCGAGGCUCUACCGCACCUGCCUUGCACUUCUGGAGACGCUGCAUCGGUAUGGCUGGGGAGCCAUGACCAAUUACAAGAAGAGGGUCAUCCAUGACUGCAUUGUACCGAGAGAACCUUAUCAAGACCUUUACCUUGUCAUGCGUGAACGUCAUAAACAUCUGGUCGAUACAUGGCAGGAAAGUACAGAUCCUCUGAAACAUGUCUUCGAAGACAUAGGUAUUGCAACAUAUCUGAUGCUCCUUUGGAAAGAUAUGUAUGCCCCUCAGACCUCAUGGAGAAGAAUAUGGACCAAUCCCUUGGAAACCGCAAUAUGGUUUCUCCGGGACCUAUGGGGACCGUGGACAAGCGUCAUAUUUCGAAGGUUUCCAUCUCAUAUGACGGAAGGUCUUCAGAACGAACCCUGGAAACGUUGGCCUCGUCCUCCUACUGGAUUUCUUGACCUUGGCUGUGGUAAUGGGCUCUUGACGCAUAUAUUGACCGCAGAAGGUUACGAUGGACAUGGCAUUGACCUUCGUGCACGGAUGUCAUGGUCGCACUACCCUGAGUCCACCCAAGCCAAGUUGCAUGUCGAAGCACUUGAUCCCACUACCCUAAGCUCUAACGACCCCUCAUCGAAUGGCAGUUACCUCAAGCCUGGUGUCUUCAUUAUUGGCAAUCAUGCCGACGAACUUACGCCCUGGGUUCCAGUUCUCUCUACGCUGUGUAACGCGUCGGGUUUCCUGAAUAUCCCAUGUUGUCCUUGGACGUUCGAUGCCAAGUAUGAGCGAUCGAGCACGCCAAACUUCUCAACAGACUUGUCUCCAACAGAAUUUGCUGGUUUGUUGAAACUUGGAGGCGAUGGAAGCAAUAGCAGCGCGUACUCAAUGUAUCGUAUCUGGUUGGGUACUUUGACGUACCACUGUGGAUGGAAGGUUGAGAGUGAGACGUUACGGAUUCCCAGUACCCGAAAUUGGGCUCUUGUCGGCCGUGAGCGCGGAAAGGACACUGCUGCCGCUAGAACACACGUAGAAGAAAUCAUCGAAGGAGUCCAGGAACGCGGUAUAUUCAAAACUAGACGACCAGAAGGCAAAGCUGGUGAUCAUUAACAUACAUCCGUUACUUUGUGGUAGAGGAACCGAGCGUGUGGAUGUAAGUAUCACCUGGGUUUGCGAAUGACCCAAGGCUCUCUUGGCUUAGUUCGCCGUAGAGAUGGGAGAGACCUCUUGACCUGAGUCCACAUUGUGUUCAUAGAUGGGUCCCAAGCGUAUGCUUCAAAAUGACGAAGCAUGGGGAACAAUCCUCUGAUGCGGCUUCCUACCCUCUCCGGAUCGUCUAUGCCUACGUUCCCAAGUAAGGU